AUGCUUUUCGGACGAUCAUCUGAACCAGCUGUACCGGCUACGCCUGCAGCUCCUAGCUUUGAAGAUCAAUUACCUACUUUAAGAGAAUUUCUUCGUGAAUACAAUCGUAUUGCUGAAGUAUGUUUCAAUGAUUGUAUCAAUGAUUUUACAGGUCGAACAACAACAGGAUCUGAAAAUUCAUGUGUUAAUAUUUGUUUGGAAAAAUUUCUUAAAGUAACACAACGAAUAUCGCAACGUUUUCAAGAACAACAAAUGUUAACGAAUGAAAAUCAAGUUGUUGCCGGCAAGGCAAAAGGUCUUUUUCAAUAA